UUCAGUUCUUCACCUACCUUUGUUUCUAUUAUAUAAUCAUCAAUUCCCUCUUCACAUUUUCCCCCUUUCCUCUCUCUUUCUCUCUCUCUCUCUUGAACUCCCAUUCUUCACAGCUAAGGAAGUGAAAAAAGAGAAGCAAGAAAAAUAGUGAUCGUCUGCGCGAAAUGGAUAAUAAGAAAAAUACAGUGUUCAAGAACAGUUCAAUCUUUGGUUACAGUGAUAUGAAGAGAAGCCCGUCUGAAUUGGCACUUGAGGAGCUCUUCGCUUCCACCGAAGAUGACCGCAAAAUUCAUCACAAAGCUGACAUCUUUGGACCCUCUGCUGAUGCUUUUCAUGCUCUCUUCUCCCUCGACAAUGCUACUGAUGAUCACAUGCUUUCACCUUUCAAGAAUCUGGAAAUUCGUAAAGGGUCGUCUGGUCCUAACUCGUUGGCAGAUAAUCCGUUCUGGUCCCGGAAUAUUUAUCCUAUCCAGUCAAAUACUUCAGCACCGAUUGAUUCACAAUCAUCCAUAUGUGUUGAUAGUCCAAUAUCGGGCAAUAACUCAAAGGUUGGAGAUAAUCAAGCAGUUGGAGCUAGCAGCGGUUCGUCACAUGAGCAAACCGAUGAAGACGACCUGGAGAUAGAAGCUGGUCCUUGUGAACAAAGCACGAAUCCUGUUGACAUCAAGCGCAUCAAAAGGAUGGUUUCUAACAGGGAGUCGGCUCGACGCUCUAGGAGAAGAAAGCAAGCCCAUUUAGCAGAUCUUGAACAACAGGUUGAGCAAUUACGAGGAGAGAAUGCAUCCUUGUUCAAACAACUUGCAGAAGCUACUCAGCAAUUCAAAGAUUCCACGACGAAUAAUCGAGUGCUUAGAUCAGACGUUGAAGCUCUAAGAGCUAAGGUGAAACUAGCCGAAGACAUGGUCGCUCGCGGCUCAUUGACAUCCAGUUUGAGCCAUCUACUUCAGAAUUACCUCAACACGCCCCACGACUACAUGAAUAACAACAUAAACCGCAUGGACCACAACGUCUCCCCAAUAAUGGCCGGUCGUCCAGACGACAAUUCUUCAUUUACUGGGCUUUCAGCAUCACCCGUUGGACUUGAGAAUGCCUAGCCCUUCAACGGCACCGUCUCCAACGGCAUCAUCUCUAAUGCAGAGAUAUGGACUUGGGACUCUCAUGGUGCUCCUCCAGCAUCAAAGUGAUGUAGGUAGUUUUAAAGCCUAGUUUUCUCCAACUGUGUGUGCUUUUUUUGUUUUUUUUUUUUCAAUUUACUCUCUCCUGUAUUGGACUUCUGUACUUGUGGAGAUUUUUCAUAUUUUGCAUAUUAAUUAUGGAUUUAGCUAAUGGGACAACUCCUUCUA